UUGUUUGCGGAACCUUUGUGGCGGAAACUCGUUUUAAGACGGAAUAUCGAGGCCGGUGCACUCACACAGAUGUACAUUUGAAUCUCCCUUGGAUGUUUGACGUUUUAUUCAUCGUAAAGUUAUGCUCUUGUUCUUCAAAUUAAUAAUGUGAACUCGUCUGUUAUCUUUUAUCGAGUUUUAAAACCAGUCCUAAAAUGAGGCAAAUAGUCCACAAAUCAUUGCUUUACAUCGUUAAAUCAGCACGGACAUCGCCGAAAAACGCCGGCUAUGCACUGCGUGGGCUGUCCACAGCCUCUGACCCGAACACAAAGGUUUGCAUUGUGGGAGGAGGUCCGGCUGGUUUCUACACAGCCCAGCACCUUAUAAAGGGUCGUCCCGAUGUUCAGGUGGAUGUCUACGAGCGCCUCCCUGUCCCGUUCGGCCUUGUGAGGUUUGGAGUAGCCCCUGACCACCCCGAGGUCAAGAAUGUCAUAAACACCUUCACCCAGACAGCCCAGCACCAGCGCUGCCGAUUUUUUGGAAAUGUCAAUGUAGGCAAGGACGUGAGUGUGGAGGAGCUGAGGCAGGCUUAUCAUGCAGUGGUGAUGAGCUACGGUGCUGAGGGGAACCGCACUAUGGGUGUACCUGGUGAGCACCUGCCUGGUGUGUACUCCGCCAAAGACUUUGUGGGCUGGUACAACGGGCUGCCCUACAACAAAGAGCUCCAACCAGACCUCAGCCAUGACACAGCUGUGAUCCUUGGUCAGGGAAAUGUUGCACUAGAUGUUGCUCGGAUACUUCUUGCUCCCCUAGACAUGCUGAAGAAGACAGACAUUACCCAAGCUGCCCUGGACGCCUUGGCGAGCAGCAAGGUCCGGAGGGUGCUGAUUGUGGGUCGUCGCGGUCCGAUGCAGGUGGCCUGCACCAUCAAGGAACUGCGUGAGAUGGUGAAUCUGCCCGGGAUACAACCUGACAUGUUAAUUGAUGACUUUCAGGGCAUAAAUGAGGCCUUAAAAGACCUGCCACGGCCCAGAAAGAGACUGACGGAGCUAAUGCUGAAGGCGCUGAAGGAGCAGGCUGCUAAAGAGGCACACAGGAAGUGGGGUUUCCGUUUCCUGCGUAGCCCUCAAGAGGUGCUGGCCAGCAGAGACGGUUCACGAGCCGCCGCCAUCCGAUUGGCUCUCAACAGGCUGGAGGGGUCGGGCGAGGGGGCGCGUGCUGUGCCCACCGGUGAGGUGGAGGAGGUGCAGUGCGGCGUCAUCAUCAGUAGCAUCGGCUACAAGAGCCUAGCCAUCGACCCCGCCGUGCCCUAUGACCCCCGCAAAGCCAUCAUCCCCAACAACAUGGGCCGCGUCCAGGAGACCACAGGUCUGUACUGCAGUGGCUGGGUGAAGAGAGGUCCCACCGGUGUCAUAGCAACCACCAUGAAUGACAGCUUUGACACAGGGCGCGUGCUGCUUCAGGAUCUGGACUCGGGAGCCAUCAACCUCUCUGAGGCGAAGCCUGGAGCGCAGGGUAUAGCGCCCCUACUGGAGAAGAGAGGGGUGCGUCCUGUGUCGUUUCGUGACUGGGAGAAGAUAAACAGUGAGGAGGUGAGGAGAGGAGAGGCGCAGGGGAAACCCCGAGAGAAGAUGCUGGACCUUCAGGAGAUGCUCUCCAUCGCCUGGUCCUGAGGGGGGCCCAGACACUGCUCACAAACAUCUCAAAAACAUUACACAAACAUGACACAAACGUCUCAAAAUACCGCGCACAAACUCCUCAAAAACAUACACAAACGUCUCAAAACACCACACACAAAUGUCUCACAAACAUCACACAAAUGUCUCAAAACACUGUAUGCAAACGUCUCAAAACACCACUCACUAUUGUCUCAAAACACUGCACAAAAAGCUGCUCAAAACACCUCACACAAACAUCUCAAAAACCUUACACAAACGUCUCAAAAACAUCACACAAGCAUCUGACAAACGUUUCAGAAAGGUUUCACAAAGAUCUCGCAAAUGUCUCUGUGAUGGUACAGUAGUGAGCAGUCGUGCGGACAGGAAGUAGGUUUACAUAUUAUUCAGAUAGCACCUCACUCUAGCACAGAUCUGACCUGGGUCUGAUGAAACCUUGUAUCCUCACUAUGUCUCAAUGGUUGGAAUGAAAUCAAUCAAAUUGCCUUCAAAAUACUGCUUAUGGAUUUGCAUUUUAAUUGACUGGGGAUAAACUUGAUGCCAUUCAGUUAAUAAGAUGAGCUAUGAUUAGUUAGUGCCUAAUUUCUGGUGUUCCAGAUUGGUUCAAAUUGAAAGUCAGACGAGGCCAAUCCUGCAGAUAAUACACAAAGCACAGAUUUCCGCAUCAAUUAGACAACUGUGCAUAGUGAAACCAAAUCACUGUGUGUGUGUGUUGUCUGUGUUUCUGUGUGCGUACGUGUCUGUGUUUCACAAAUCCUGCUCUGAGAACCCCACUUAGUGGACCAGAGGCCUGUGUGUGUGUGUGUGUGUGUGUAUGAGAGUGAGUGACACAGAUCCUGCUCUGCCCUUUGAUUUGUGGACCAGAAGCCUGUUAAGGCUAGAGCCGAAGCUGCUCCUUGUGUCUCUGUUAUAGCUGUACAUGGUACAUGAUGUGUGUUAUGCAAUAUUAUUGUUGGAGCAGUUAUAUUGUGUUAUACAAUUGUAAAUGCAACUAAAUGGCAACCGUUUUGAUGGUACUCCUGUAAAACCAGAAAAGCAGUUAAGCACACCUUGCAGAAACUGACUGAAUAUGGCAAAACGUACGAUGGCGCCUCUAUAGGUAUGCACUGUUGAAUUAUACACAUGCUUGCUGUAUUUUUAAAUGUUUAUUUUUUUGCUGAAGCUGCGAUUAUUAUUCUGAAAUGUAAUAUCUCCACUUGGGUGAAUUUUUUUUUUUUUUUUUUUUUUUGUAAAUUUAGAUUUGAGUAAAUAUUAUUAUAUUAAUAAUAAUUAUUAUAUUAAAUAUCAUGCCCGUUUUUAUUAUA